AUGGCCGAAUCUCUUCCUGAAAUGCAGUAUCGCUCCCUUGGCCGAACGGGUCUGAAAGUUUCGGUUAUCUCGCUUGGUAGCUGGCUUACCUAUGGUGGACAUGUCGGAAAUGGUACUGCGUACAUUGCGUUUGAUUGCAUGAAGGCCGCGUGGGACGCCGGAGUCAACUUCUUUGACACAGCCGAGGUCUACUCCGGAGGUAUUUGUCAACCCAAUAUCCGAAUUGAGGGUGAUUUUAAUCUUGUCCAGAUCUACUGGGGUAGAGCCAACAGCGCCAACCCCGACAAACCGCUGAACAACAACGGCCUUUCUCGCAAGCACAUCAUUGAGGGUAUGAACCUGUCUCUCAAGCGCCUUGAUCUUCCCUACGUGGAUGUGGUAUAUGCCCACCGCCCAGACCGGGAGACUCCCAUGGAGGAAAUUGUGCGUGGCUUCAAUCACCUGAUCGACCACGGCAAGGCCUUCUACUGGGGAACGUCCGAGUGGUCUGCGAGUGAAAUCGCCGACGCGUGGCGCAUUGCCGAUAAACUGGGUCUCAUCGGACCCGCCGUUGAGCAGCCCCAGUAUAACCUUCUUGCGCGUGAGCGCGUUGAGAAGGAGUACCGCUGGCUGUAUGAGGCCCAUGGUCUGGGGUUGACUGUCUUUUCGCCUCUCAAGGGUGGCAUUCUUACCGGCAAGUAUAACGAUACUACCGCGCCUCCCCCCGGGUCACGUCUGGCUGAGUCUGAGGAUGGGUAUGUGAAGGGUCUACGCAAGACUGUGGGUGACGAGACCUGGGAACGGCAGUUGAAGCAGACUGCUGCGUUGAAGCCAAUUGCCAAAGAGCUGGGUGUUUCUACAGCGCAGUUGGCCUUGGCUUGGAUCCUGAAGAACCCCAACAUCUCGUCUAUGAUCACUGGUGCUUCACGGCCAGAGCAGGUUCGCGACAAUGUGCGCGCCUUGGGUCUUGUGGAUAAAUUGACCGACGAGAUCAUGGAGAAGAUCGAGGUGGCGGUGGGAAACCAACCUGCUGAGGAGAAAACGAGGUUUUAG